AUGCAAAGGUUUGCUAGUCGUUCUGCUCGUGCCGUGAGCGCAGUGCACAAGGCUGGCAUGCGUGCCAGCACAAGACGUGGACUUGCCACCGUGACCGGGAUGCCUCAGCAUCUCCACGGGGGUCUGCGGGACCAGGACCGUAUCUUCCAGAACCUGUACUGCCAUCACGACUGGCGCUUGAAAGGCGCGUUGGCCCGUGGUGAUUGGCACCGGACGCGCGAUAUUAUCGACAAAGGAAACAUGUUUAUUAUUGAUCAAGGCAAGGCGUCUGGCUUGCGUGGGCGUGGUGGUGCUGGCUUUCCGUCCGGCCUGAAAUGGAGCUUUAUGCUCAAGCCUGGCUGGGAGAAAGAUCCCCGCCCGCGCUAUCUCGUCAUUAAUGCAGAUGAGGGUGAGCCGGGUACUUGCAAGGAUCGCGAGAUUAUGCGUGGUGACCCGCACAAGCUGAUCGAGGGCUGUCUCCUCGUUGCACGCGGUAUGGGCGCCCAAACUUGUUACAUUUACAUUCGUGGCGAGUUUGUCGAAGAGGCGAACCACCUGGAAGAAGCAAUUAAGGAGGCGUACAAAGCCGGUCUUGUUGGCCGCAACGCCUGCGGCUCUGACUUUGACUUUGAUAUUCACGUUCACCGUGGCGCCGGUGCUUACAUUUGCGGUGAAGAGACUGCGCUGGUCGAGUCACUCGAGGGUAAACAGGGAAAGCCGCGCAUGAAGCCUCCGUUUCCUGCUGAUAUUGGCCUUUUUGGCUGCCCGACAACUGUCACCAACGUCGAGACCAUGGCCGUGGUGCCCACGAUUAUCCGUCGCGGUCCCUCGUGGUUUGCCAACUUUGGCCGUGACAAAAACCACGGCACGAAGUUGUUUGCCGUCAGCGGUCAUGUGAACCGGCCCUGUGUUGUGGAAGAGGAAAUGAGCAUUCCUUUGAAGGAGCUCAUUGACAAACACUGUGGCGGCGUGCGCGGUGGAUGGGACAACCUUCUUGCUGUCAUUCCUGGUGGCUCAUCUACUCCUAUGAUUCCCAAAGAUGUGUGUGAGCACGUUUUGAUGGACUUUGACUCGCUGCGUGACAACCAGUCUGCGCUUGGUACUGGGUCAGCCAUUGUGAUGGACAAGUCCACAGACUUGGUCAAGGCCAUCAGCCGUCUGGCCAAAUUCUACCAACACGAGAGCUGUGGUCAGUGCACUCCUUGCCGCGAGGGCACCACAUGGGCGGCCAGCAUUAUGGAACGCUUUGAGGUGGGCCGCGCAGCGCUGCGCGAGGUUGAUAUGCUCUGGGAGCUUACAAAGCAAAUGGAAGGCCAUACUAUUUGUGGUCUUUCAGACGCUGCCGCAUGGCCGAUCCAGGGCCUUUUGCGACACUUCCGCCCGCUAGUCGACCAGCGCAUUGAGUCGUACGAAAAAGAGCACGGUGCAGUCUUGUUUGGUGGUCAUCUUGCAAGCGAGCGCAACCCCGAGCUGGCGAUGCCUGACAACUGGUCGACCCCCGACCAACAUACCAAGGACAACUACCGCCCGGGUAUCGCGGAUGCAUAG